AUGCCCGUUCCCGAGUCUGAGUAUCUCAGCCCCGUCUGGCGAGAUGGGAUCUUCAAUGGUCGCGUUAUCUUUGUGACUGGCGGUGCAGGAAGCAUCUGCAGCAUGCAGACGCGAGCAUUAGUUCGCCUGGGUGCAAAUGCAUGCAUCAUUGGUCGAAGUGUCGAGAAGACAGAGCUUGCCGCCAAAGACAUCGCGAGUGUCAGAGAGGGAGCCAAGGUGAUAGGAAUCGGUGGCUGUGAUGUUCGAAAGAUCGACAGUCUUCAGGCUGCUGCUGAGCGAUGCGUAAAAGAGCUUGGAGGGAUCGACUUUGUCAUCGCUGGUGCAGCUGGCAACUUUGUCGCUCCUAUUGAAGGCCUCAGCUCCAAUGCAUUCAAGGCGGUAAUGGACAUCGAUGUCUUGGGAACAUUCAACACAAUCAAGGCGACUAUGCCCCAUCUCCUAAAGAGCUCAACCCCUCGGAUCAUCUACGUCUCUGCCACUUUCCACUACACCGGCAUGCCUCUCCAGGCACACGUCUCUGCAGCCAAGGCAUCUAUUGACUCACUCAUGGCGUCCGUUGCCCUGGAGUAUGGACCAAGGGGGGUGACAAGUAACGUAAUUGCCCCAGGAGGUAUCGAUGGCACUGAGGGUCUGGCCAGAUUGGGGAGCGAUGCGGAAAGUGAGAAGAAGAGAUACGCCAAGGGUAUCCCGCUGGGCCGCGCUGGAACUGUACGGGAUAUCGCUGACGCGACAGUCUUCUUGUUCAGCGACGCCGGAAGCUAUGUCAGCGGACAAGUCCUAGCUGUUGAUGGUGCGGCAUGGAGACGCCAGGGAGCCAUCAGCGUGGGAACGGAGGCUGGCAUGGAGUACCCGGAUUAUAUUCUCAACGGAGAGUUCUCAAAGAACCUGCGAGAUCCAAGAAAGAACGGAAAGGCUAAGUUGUAA